AUGUCACCUCACAAAGUGGACGAUGUGUGUGAAGCGCCGUACAAAAUUGAAAGGCAACUCCUAUUCGCCCCGCGAAAUUUGCGGAUUGUCUGCAUCGGAGCAGGCGCCUCCGGUAUGUAUAUGGCGAUUAGACAAGAACAACUGCUGGAAAAUGUCGAGUUCCAAAUCUACGAGAAGAAUCCAGAUGUGGCGGGAACGUGGUUCGAGAACAAAUACCCCGGCGCCGCAUGCGACGUACCAGCUCACAUCUACACCUUCUCUUUUGCUCCAAAGACAGACUGGUCUCAUUACUAUGCUGAAUCCGACGAGAUCCAAGAAUACUUCUCAGGCGUCGCCGACAAGUACCGAGUGCGACGGUUCAUCAAAUUCGGUCACCUGCUUGUUUCUGCGGAGUGGAACGAAGGUGAUGCCAAGUAUGAGCUUCAAAUAAAGACCCCCGAUGGAUCGGUUCUCCGUGAUAGCUGCGACAUUUUGGUCAACGCUUGCGGGAUUCUGAACGCGUGGAAAUGGCCAGCAAUCCCUGGUCUUCAAGACUUCAAAGGAAAACUAUUGCAUUCAGCCCAUUUCGACCGACCCUGGACUCCCGAAGGUCGAAACGUCGCCUUGAUAGGCACGGGCUCUUCGGCCAUCCAGAUCCUUCCAAAAAUCCAGCCCAAGGCAAAACACAUAGACACCUAUGCGCGAUCACCUACGUGGAUUGCAAUGCCUUUUGCCGGUAUCAAGUCGAGACAGCCACAAGGCAAUCCACCGUAUUCGGAUGUGGAGAAGGAGCAUUUCAGGAACGACCCAGCGUAUCAUUUGCAAUACAGGUGCGAUCUCGAAUCGGAGUUUAACCACUAUUAUGAGAUGUUUGUCGACAGCUGCGAUCUGCAACUAUCGACUGUUAGAGAUUUGACUGCAAGAAUGGAGGCAUCUUUGGCCAAGAAGCCGGAGCUUAUACCUCUCCUCAUCCCAAAGUUUGGCGUUGGAUGCCGCAGACUGACCCCAGGUGUGGGAUAUCUGGAAGCAAUGUGUGAGAGUAAUGUCGAGGUAGUGACGCAGGAAAUCACGCGCGUGACCGCCGGCGGGAUCGUGUCGGCGGAUGGCACAGAGAGGAAAGUCGACACUAUUAUCUGCGCCACAGGGUUCGACGUCAGCUUCGCGCCUCGCUUCAAGUUGACGGGAAGGAACGGCUUCAAGUGUGACGAAAAGUUUGGAGCUGAUCCCAAGGGCUACUUGUCACUGGCCAUCCGGGACCUUCCCAACUAUUUCAUUUUCAACGGUCCACAGGCCUGUGCGGCAAACGGUUCAUUCCUCCCCGUCCUGGAAGCCACCGCAGAUUACAUUUUGAAGUGUGUGCAGAAGAUGCAGACUCAACGGAUCCGCACGAUGAACCCCAAGCAGGAGGCGAUUGACGACCUUGUCGAACACGUCGACACUCUGAUGCCAGAGACGGUCUGGGUCCACCCGUGCCGGAGUUGGUACAAAAACAACACGGUCGAUGGCCGAGUCACGGCGGUGUGGCCAGGGAGCACGCUGCACUUCCUCUCGGUCAUCAAGGAGCCGCGCUGGGAAGAUUUUGACUAUGAAUAUCUCGGCGGGAAGAACCGCUUUUCGUACUUUGGGAUCGGACAGACCAAGACGGAAGCCGAAGGAGGGGAAAGAGCCGCACAUCUUCGGACGAGAGUCCAUCUGUUCGACGAGUGGUGGCCAGAGCAUGAGAAGAACUUGAUAGGAGCAGACGCGUCAAGUUAG